AUGAAAUACAUACUGCUUGUAGCCUUGGUUGGCGUGGCGGUUGCCUUCCCCGUCAACAAUGAUGAUGAUGACAAGAUUGUUGGAGGCUACACCUGUGCGCAGAACUCUGUCCCAUUCCAGGUGUCCCUGAACUCUGGGUAUCACUUCUGUGGAGGCUCCCUUAUCAGCAACCAGUGGGUCCUGACAGCAGCUCACUGCUACAAGUCUUCCAUGCAAGUGCAGCUUGGGAAGCAUAACCUGGCCGUCACAGAAUCAACACAACAGGUGAUCAGAGCAUCUAAAAUCAUCCGCCACCCUGGUUUCAACAGAAACACAAUGGACAAUGACAUUAUGCUCAUCAAACUUGCCACACCAGCACAGCUCAACAAAGCUGUACAAACAAUUCCUCUGCCUACCAGCUGUCCAGCCACAGGCACCAACUGCAUCAUCUCUGGCUGGGGAAACACACACAGCAGUGGCACUGCGUACCCAGAUACCUUGCAGUGCCUGAAUGCUCCUGUACUCUCCGCAAGUGCAUGCAGGAAUGCCUACCCUGGGGAUAUUACAAGUAACAUGAUCUGUGUAGGAUUCCUGGAGGGAGGAAGAGACUCUUGCCAGGGGGAUUCCGGUGGUCCAUUAGUCUGCAACGGGCAGCUCCAGGGUGUUGUUUCCUGGGGUCUUGGAUGCGCACAGAGAGGCUACCCCGGGGUUUACACUAAGGUCUGCAAUUACGUGUCCUGGAUCAGACAGACCAUUGCAGCCAACUGA